CCAGCGAGUCUCCAAUUCUCUGCGCGGAGCGCACGCCCCCCGCCUGCCCGGGGAUCCCCGCACACCCCCCGAGACGGCGCGCGCCCAGAGCGCGGGAGCCCGGAGCGCUGCUGGGCGCCUGGGAUCCCGCGGAGCCGCUGCCCAGCCCGCGGGGCUCGGCAGAGAUGCAGGCUGCGCUGUGAGCCAGGGCGCCAAGGCCAUGUCCGGCGCCCGCUGCCGGACCCUGUACCCCUUCUCCGGGGAGCGGCACGGGCAGGGGCUGCGCUUCGCCGCGGGCGAGCUGAUCACGCUGCUGCAGGUCCCGGACGGCGGCUGGUGGGAAGGCGAGAAGGAGGACGGACUCCGCGGCUGGUUCCCAGCGAGCUAUGUGCAGUUGCUGGAGAAGCCUGGAAUGGUCCCCCCUCCACCAGGAGAGGAAAGCCAGACUGUCAUUCUCCCACCUGGCUGGCAAAGCUACCUGUCUCCUCAGGGGCGGCGUUACUAUGUCAACACGACCACCAACGAGACCACCUGGGAGCGUCCCAGCAGUUCUCCUGGGAUUCCAGCCAGCCCUGGCCCUCACAGGAGCUCUCUGCCUCCAACAGUGAAUGGAUACCACGCAUCAGGGAUCCCAGCGCACCCUCCUGAGACUGCCCACAUGAGUGUCCGAAAAUCCACCGGCGAUCCCCAGAACCUGGGAUCCUCGUCACCAGGGAAAAAGCAGAGCAAGGAAAACACCAUCACGAUAAACUGUGUGACGUUCCCUCACCCAGACACAAUGCCAGAACAGCAGCUGCUGAAACCAACUGAAUGGAGCUACUGCGACUAUUUCUGGGCUGAUAAGAAGGACCCCCAAGGCAAUGGCACUGUGGCUGGGUUUGAACUGCUGCUUCAGAAACAACUGAAGGGCAAACAGAUGCAGAAGGAAAUGUCAGAAUUCAUCCGGGAAAGGAUAAAGAUUGAAGAAGAAUAUGCGAAAAACUUAGCUAAGCUGUCUCAGAACUCCUUGGCCGCACAGGAAGAAGGCUCCCUGGGAGAAGCAUGGGCGCAGGUGAAGAAGAGCCUUGCAGAUGAGGCAGAAGUUCACCUCAAGUUCUCUGCCAAGCUUCACAGCGAGGUAGAAAAGCCCCUCAUGAACUUCCGCGAAAACUUCAAGAAAGACAUGAAAAAGUGUGACCACCACAUCGCUGACCUCCGCAAGCAGCUCGCCAGCCGCUAUGCCUCAGUGGAGAAGGCCCGGAAAGCCCUCACUGAGCGGCAGAGAGACCUGGAGAUGAAGACCCAGCAGCUGGAGAUCAAGCUGAGCAACAAGAUGGAGGAAGACAUCAAGAAGGCGCGGAGGAAGUCCACGCAGGCUGGAGAUGACCUCAUGCGCUGUGUGGACCUUUACAACCAGGCCCAGUCCAAGUGGUUUGAAGAAAUGGUGACUACCACAUUGGAGCUGGAGCGACUAGAGGUGGAGAGGGUAGAGAUGAUCCGGCAACAUCUGUGCCAAUACACACAACUGCGGCAUGAGACAGACAUGUUCAACCAAAGUACAGUCGAGCCUGUGGACCAACUGCUUCAAAAAGUGGACCCAGCCAAAGACAGGGAGCUGUGGGUUAGAGAGCACAAGACGGGCAACAUCCGCCCUGUGGACAUGGAGAUCUAGAAGGGCAUGUGUGGCCCCGGGGGUCCUGCCAAGGAGAGAGGCUGGGGGGUCCCACAGAGACGAGGUGGUGCUUCCUGCCAUAGGUCCUCCUGCUGAGCUGCCCUCCCACCCACUCUCCUGGUCAGCUGAGGAGAGCGGAGGGUGCGGUGAUUCCGCAAGAAGCUGGUUUUUCCAGAAGGGCAGCCCGGAAGGCCCUGCUGGGAGCUCCCCAGUGUUCCCAGGCCAGGAGGACAGAUCCACAGCCCUGCCCUUGUCUCUGAGGCCGAAGUCCCCCAACUCCCAUGCUGUGCUUGCCACUCUGAGAACGAACUGAGGCUGGAACUUUGUGGUCCCUGCUGAGGACUGCAGGGGUCACCUUACCACCCAGAGCCAGCUGUGUCACACAUUUGUGCCCCUGGAAGCCCCAAGAUCCUUCCUCCAGCUGUCUCUUUGUCUCCAGGGCUUUGGAAGGUCAGGGGAGGGAGGUCUCUUUCUCCGAGCCAAGUGUCAGGAUCAAAAUUUGUAUAGAAGGCACCAUUCAGCUGAACGGCCCUCAUUCAGCAUCCUUUGCAGCCUGCCCUCUUUGUUUUUCCCAUUGCAUUCUGGGAGCCCACAUCCUGGCUCUUCUCUGUCACGUUUCAUCAUUAAGGGUCUUGGGAAGAAGACUUGGCUCCUGUCUUCCCAGACUGACACUGCCUGGAGAGAUCAGGAUGGAACUACCUCAUUUGGCAAAUUAGCCCUGAUUCAGAACGUUGAAUUGUGUUCCCUAUAGAUCAGGCAUCCUCUGUAAAGUCUCCUCUCUGGAAAUCCCAAUCCAUCCAGCCUUCUGAUGCUCCCUCCUCCCACCCUUACCCUCUCCCAGGCUCUUAAUGGAGCUGGGUCAUUCCCGUGUGGGAGAUGGGUUGGGGCAAUUCUUUGUUAUACCCCCAGUAGCUCCACCUGCUUGUGCACGGCCAGGUUGGGACCACUGUCCCUUGUAGAUUUUCUCUCACAAGUGGUCACUGUAUAGGCACAUGGCCACAGUAGGUUGUUGCCUGAUAGGCAGUGUCCCACCACCUUGGCUUCUCAGCUCCUGCACACUUCAGAGCCCUGCACCAAGCAUCGGCUUGUUGCUGGUACCAUCUUCCCCUUUCUCUAUCUCCUGAUUCCUGGAAAAGCUCGAUUUGAGAGUGACUUAGAAAGCUUUCAGGGCUGCCAUCAGGUCCUUGCAUAUCACUUUCUCCCUUUCCAAAUCAUAGCAAACACAUCCUCCAUCAUGUUAAGUCUUGAGAAUCCAUGCGAAGGGACCAGAAUAAGAAAAGGGACCAGAAUAAGAAAAAGGACCUGAAGGAGGUCACACCGCUAGCAAGGGGCAGAUUCUAGCCUGGAACUCAUGUUUCUUAGUUCAUCUUUCCCAUUGAUUACUUCGGAUUUACAGGACCCAUACGUUUCCCAUAAGGGCAGAAUUCUAAGAGCACAACUCUCUGGCCUUUCUCUCAGUCUUACAUGCCAGUAACUGACAACUUAGUGACAUUGAAUCUUUUAGCACCUCUUUCAUUGAGUCAAAAUUUUUCUCUCAUAGUUUGUGGUAAAAAGAUGCCAAAUAUUCUAAAGCAAACCAAACUUUGUCACUUUUUUCUUCUUAUUGGAGCAUCCCAACCAAAAAGCUCAGUGUGAGGGCUUUACCAACUUGAAGAUCAUCGGGAUGGAUGUGUCCAUGGGAUGGAGAACCCCUCCUUCCAGAUCUGGGGUUGGGCCGUGACACCAACUACCAAUCUUAGAAUAUUAUUUUUUAGUUUCUUUAUUUGAAAAUGGGUGCUAGUAGUAAUUGCUCUGUGGCUUAAAUAAUUUAUGGGUGAUUUUCAAAUAGUCAAAACCAAUAGUCUUGUUAUUAACACAUAUUUUGAGUGGA